AUGAAUACUAAUACCAUUACAGUUCCUAAAGCAGAGUUCGAUUUUUCAACUUUUGAAAAAGCUCGUGCAUUCAUAGAAAACUAUGCUGCACAGACCAAUAUCGUUGUAAUUUUGGUGAAAACAACUAAAAAUAAAGAUGGUAGCAGCUAUAGACAAGCUUUUUUUGCUUGUAAAAAACAGGGGCAGUAUAAUGGUAAAAAAGAAGAUGCAUAUACCACUAAGUGGACAGGUUGCCUGUUUGUUGUUGGGUUAAAUUAUUGCAAGCGUAUAAAAAAAUUCGUCAUAACAAAAUUAUGCUCGGAGCAUAAUCAUGAAAUUAAUCCAGAUUCUAGAAAGUUUAGCAGCAACAUACGUAAAUUUAGUCUAAAUGAACUAGGCAUGAUUGGAGAGCUUCAUGAUAAUAGACUUCGAAUAAAAGACAUAUAUGUAGUUUUAGCUUCUAUUAGCUCAAAGUAUGUACAUAAACAUGAUAUCUAUAAUGCUAUUAGUCGUCAAUGCCAACAAAAGUUGCAAGGGUUAAAUGAAAUCGAGUUGUUGCUCAAGACUUUGCAAAAUGAUGAAAACAUUAUGUCAAGCAUAGCAACUCAACCUGUAUAUAAUAACGAACGUGAUCAAGAUGGUUCGUUUAUACAAGCAAUUUUCUGGGCUUACCGAAGUGCAGUCUUUGAGUUUGCAAUAGCUAAAGACGUAUUAAUUAUAGACACGACAUACAAAACAAACAGAUUUUCAAUGCCAAUGAUUGUUGUUUGCAGUAUCAAUCGAUUCAGAUCAACAUACCCUUUAGCUUUUGCACUCGUUUAUUCAGAGAUGAAGGAAUUUUAUAGUUGGGUAUUACAACAGUUAUGUAAAACACUAACUAUUUUGACGGGUGACUCGAAUGUAACAAUGAUUAUAACUGAUCAAGAGUUGGCUCUUAUGAGCUCAAUAUCUACUGUAUUUCCUAAUACAAAACAUCAAUUAUGCAUUUGGUAUAUUUUUAGAAAUAUGAGAAAAAAGCUUAAGAGUAUUGAUAUGGAUGAAUUUAUUAAAUUGACGAGUCCAGCCUCUAAGCAUUAG